UAGUGGGGGAGAGAGCCAGUGCCCCUCAGUUAGUCCUAGUGGGUGCCAGUAAGUGCCUUAUAGUCGAGCAGCAUCGGGAGAGUAUACACUUGGAGCGUCUUACAAUGCUGUCCACUGAUUUACGUCAAAACCAUGUGGGCGUCGGCACCAGGAUAGUAGGUGUGGUUCAGGGGUACCGGCCGCAGGUGGACUGGGGCGGGGACUCGGGGUCGGCGACCAUCGUAGUGGGUGGCCACAAUGUACGGGUGGCUACGUCUGGGUGGCGGCGACGGUGCCUCUACCUCCUGCUGGUGGCACUGUUGGCACUCUCUAUCAUCAACCUCUCUCUCACACUCUGGAUACUCAAGACGGUCAACUUCAAUUUGGACGGGAUGGGGCAUCUGAACGUGGUCAUCGGCGGAGUGAAGAUGCAGGGAAUAAGCCGAAUGCUGGGAAAGGUCUCUAUCAACAGGAUCAUGAGCAGGAAGGAUCAAGACCUAAACAUCAACUGUUACCACAACUUCACCAUCCUCACCGCUCCCACCCGCGAUGACCACCCCGAACCCUAUGUCAGCGACCCCUCCUACCUGCACAUCAACCCCGAUGAUGUAGAGGCUGGUGCACAGAAGUUCUUGGUACAUGGAAUCCAAGGGGGAGUCUUGUUCGAGUCCUCACCCAACCGCACCAUUGUCGGCGCCAAGAAAUUCACGGUCACAGGUUCAGAAGGCGCCUCAUUCCAAGGUUCAAUUCAAACCCCUCACGUCUACUCCCGGGGUGUCCACAGGUUCAGCCUGGAGAGCGUGACCAGGAGGCUGGAGGCCACAGCCGCCCAGGAGAUCCGUGUAGAGGCUCGUGACGGAGACAUCUCUGUCACCUCACUGAAGCAGGCGUCGCUGGUGGCCGAGAAGGGUGCCAUCAGGUUCGACAACCCUAAAAUCUUCAUGCCUAAGCUGCCUAUCCACGGUAACCUGUCGAUGGUUAACACGACGAGGGAGGAGGUCAUGGCAGCCCCCACAGUCACUCCCCCAGAAACUCAAAUCCCGCCACCUGAGCCACCCAGGACCCCUACCACCCCUAUGCCACCCAUCCCCCAGCAGCCACCCACUGCCACACCUGUACAAGUCUACCAGGUGUGUGUGUGUCCCAGCGGGAGACUCUUCGUGGUGACGGCCGCCUCCGCCUGUGUGCCUGACGACGAGGUGUGUCGCUAGCUACUGCAGGUGUUGAACUCGUCGUCUUCCCGGUGUGUCGCUCUAUGUGAACCCCUGAUGUUUGUUUCCUUCUGACGCAACAAGAACCUUAUGCAGCAUACUUCUACCUUUGACACUUUAACGUUUUGGGCCUAAGAACCAAGUUACUUUCGUCUGUAUGUCUGAUAUUGAGGUGCGUCACUUAACCACUGCCGUCAAAGGUGUUCUCCCAUAUCUGAUGACGUGCGUCUCUAGAUACUGUCAUCGAAAAUGUCCUUCUGAGUAAUUAAUUACGAUGUUGCUUCUCACCUGUGACUGACGACAACUUGGAGCCACCGGGUACUGUCCUCUGAAUCUCGACCCAUGUUACUCCUCCUCACCUUACAUCUGGGACCCCUUUUAUGUGACUGUCGAUAGCCUGUGUGUCCGUGACUGAUAUAGGAGAGUCUCGUUCACCGUCACCCAAGACACUAUCUCUCCACCUCCUGUUCCUCUAUCGGUGUUCCUGACGACGAUGAUCUGCCAUGACCACAGGUACUCGUCUUCAGUCUCAACACCCUCCAUGUCUUCUUGCACCCUCAGUAGUUAUUUAUGGGAUUAGUAAACAUAAGAACUGUCUGACUCUUCACUACCUUUUAUCUCCUUUUUCUUCACGUUUCCUCUUGCUUGUCUCCUCACCUCACCGGUUUCAAGGAGGACUGUCAGAAGUACACUUUUCCUUCAUGGUAAAGUCAGGUAAAGGUGUUUCUAUAUCAUCUAUUAUAUCCCCAGUCAAGAUGUGGCAGUGUUACAGUAUUAGAGAUGAGUCGGGAUUGAACUAAUGUCUGAUGGAUUGCGUUUCGAGUCAUCCCUUGCACUCGUAUACAGAUAAUGGAUUCACGUAUGAUUAGUAUCCUGACUGGGAGUAUCACAGGCGGUAUAGCAACACUUUUCCCUGACUACUUAAGGCAGCACUGGACAAGAUGAUCACCUGUAGAUACCACCAGUUCAGGGGUAGUGUGUUGUACUGUACCACUUAGAAAAUAGUCGAUUAACUGGGCAAAUUUUUUGGUGAAUGUAAUAAAAGUUGAUAGAUUUUUAGGUUGAGUUUAGGGGAAGAAUGUAAUUUGUUUUUAAUCAUGAACUAUGUGGAAAAUUAUGAAGACUAAUUAUAAAGUUUGGUAUUUUAUCAUGAAAGUUUGAUAUUUGGGAGGAAAAUUUUUGUACUAUAAAAUCAUAAAUAACUUAAAAUUAAAUUCAUUGUAAUAGAUGACUGAGGUGUAAUUAUUUCUGGUUUAGGAUCUUCUAUAACACACCUUUACCACUCAGAUAAUGUUGACUUAUAUGUGUGUUAAGAUCAUGACCCUUAACGUUUAGUGCUGAUGAUAUUGACCAUUAACCAGGUUAGUUUAAGGGUUAGGUUAGGUUAAUGAUAUGGUUAGUUUAGGCUAAUGGUAUGGUUAGGUGAUUACUGAGAUUAUGUGAAAUCCCAGGUUACUUAAUACUGUACAAUUAUAUAUACAGUACACCAAUCGUGUAUGGCGUCCCUCAAGGUUCCAGUCUCGGCCCU